AUGACCUCCACCAACCUUGAUCCAGAGGUGAUGCUGGGAUGGGCAGGCACUCGUGCCCAGGGUUCUGGUAUUUGGGUUAUAGAGAAACCGACAUGUGCCCAGCUCCAAAUCUUCCGCAACGCGAACUUCCCCUACCAAGAGCAAGCAUACUUCGCGGACCCGACCCUCAUGCAACGUGCUGGAGCACGCUUCUACGAUCGAAUCACCGAAUGUCUUCCUGCUCAAAACUUCGUACGAUCCACUGUUGCGCCAGACGGCAUCCCUCCCUUGAUGUUCGGAUUCGACCAGAGCAACCUCCCUGGCGGCUACAUCCUCCGCAACCCGACUGAAAGCCAAAUCCAGGUCUUUCGUGACGCGCAGUACGACUUUCGAACAUAUGCGCUCUGUGCCGACGCAAGACUUAUGAGACAGGCUGGCGCGGAACGAUGCGCCGACAUGAACGAUGUGCCAGAGUUUGUUGCAAUCAUACUGCGAGGCUCUGUCGGGACAAGGCUAUCAAACAACGUCCUCCCUGACCUGAUUCACCUAGGUGGCAUGAGCUUCAGCAUCAACCACGACGUGCCGCAAGACGUGACGGACGAACUCUAUCGGCUUGCUCAAGAGCGAGGACACAAUAUCCCAGCGGGCGAUAUACCGCAACAUCUGAUGAGGUAUCGUGUAUCGUGA